AUGACGGUCGAAGGACCAGGAAUGGAAGCGUUUCAGAAUGAAAAGAAAACGCUUUAUUCUACCUUGAUAAGUAGUGAAACGGUUGUUGCUUUUCUUGGUACGAAAAAGGUUAUGCUGGACAUUCUACGACAUGUAAAUCAAAUCAAUGACAUUGAUGAAAAAAGUAUUGUUGCUAUCAUAGAUAAUAUUAUGGAAGUUUUGCCUAGAAAUGUUUCGCGCGAAUGUCGCUUAGAACUAUGUGCUACACUUGUACACAUAACAAAGUUAUCUCCUUCCAUUGCUCUUACGACACUUUUGCAUCGUCUUCAAGGCACUUCCACCCGCUUGGAGCGCAUUCCAAGCAGUUCUAUUUCAGUGUCUUUUAAUGCUUUGAUAUGGGUGAACUGUAUCCUUUCAAAUCUCCCUUCCAAUGAGAUGAAGUAUUGGAUGUUGGAGUUUCUUCCUAUUCAAAGUCAAUUUUUGAAUGCUGUUGUUCAGAAUGGUAAACCCGCGAUUGUUCGUAGCGCUUUGCAGACUACACGUCGCUGUUACCGAUCCUUAUUCCUAUCUCAGCUCAAUGACUUGUCCUCCUUUAUUCCUUUUCUUUUGAAUGAAACUAAAACAGCUCUUGUCCUUCCAAAAGCUUUGCCGUUAUAUGGUGUCAUAUUGGGCACCUGUUACUUUUUCCAGUUGUCUUCAGCCCCUCGCACUUUGGCAUCAGAGAACAUUGACUUUUUGGUGAAAAUGAUCCCUCAACACGUCCUUGCAGCAAAGCCCGCGUUGCCUAGUUCUUCGGUUGAGGGGUUCUGUUAUAGUAUUGGAUUGCUGUUAUCUUUAGAUAAAUUAUCCAACGAUUUAUUGCCUUCUAUCGAAAAGGCUUUACUACGUUCUCCAGAACUUGUCUUUGCUGGUAUUCUAUCCUCAUUGGCCAUCGGUUUCUCCGAUUCCGGAAAAGAUGCCUCUUCUAUACUAUUGAGUAAACUUCAUGAUGCCUUUGCUUCGAACCUGAAGAGUUCAAAUGCAACUGUUCGACAAAACUGCUUUCAAACAUUUUCAGUCCUCUGUAAGCAUGCUAAGGAUCCCAAGGUGCUUAUGGACGUGGCUUUAAAACUGGCAUUUGCUUUGAAAACGAACAAAGUUACCUCGAAUGAACAUCGCAAUCUUUAUAUCGAGUGCCUUUCUCAUCUUUCUGUCGAAGAAGUAGAUUCUGCUUCUUUACUUAAGGAAGUCUUGCCUUUGUUCAUGAAGGUUCAAGAAAGCAGUUUCUAUCACUUAGCAGCCGUGGUUAUAAGGAAUAUCAAAUCACUUCUAUUGUCAAAUAGUUCUUUGGAUAAAAGCGUUUACGAUUUUCUUUCUAAAUCAUUAGAUAAGCCAGCUGCAUACGAACGUCAGCAUUGGAUUUUAGUUUUGGCUGAUUUGGUUUGGGAUUUGCAAGCCAACAAAUCCUCUCAGUUGGAACUUACUAAUUUUUACCUUGAGCAUUUAAAUAAAUCAAGCCAAGCGGCCUUGAGCAAUUCUACUAUUGCCUUACAGAAUGGAAGCAUUUUGGCUCCCGUCGUCUAUUUAUGUUUAAUGAACAAGAAGCAAACUGAUGAGGACAUUACCAAACUUAAAUUUGCCGGCGAUUUGCAGACCUUGCUUAAUGGACUUGUCGGUUCCACAAAUGGAGAAAGUAUUCUUUUUUCAAGCAAAAUUACGAAUAAACUAACCACUGAUCAAGCAAAGUUAUGGUGGAUUCGUGGUCUCUGUACUUUUGCUAGCGCUUAUGAUAAGGACCUAACUGACGACUUAGCAUCUUCAUGGUUUCAAUCACUAAUUAAUCUAUUUAACUUCUCAGGCAACCAGACCAGCAGAGUUGCUUUUGAAGCAUUGAGGACCGCAGUACUAGUCAAUCCUGGUUUGCGCAAAACCAUUUGCUCUCAGUUAUGGAAUUUGCAUUACCAAGCUGAAUCCGCUAAAAAGGACGAGAAGUUUGAUGAGAAUUCUAAUAAAAAGUUGAUUCAGCUAUUGAAAUCAAUUCUCUUAGCAAUUUCUUCUGACGUCUCUAACGUAGGUUCAAAAGAACUUGUUGAUUAUGACUGUUAUCUGAUUGAGCUAUUAUUCCUUUCUUUUGCUUACGUUGAUCAGUUUGAUUGGAUUCAAUUAUGCCAACUUUCACAUAGAGAUCCUGCCACGCUUGUCACUGAACGGGUUCACGAUAUUGUGAACUAUAUUGAAACUACAUUAUCUACUAAUGUCAGGUCUGAAAAGGAAAAAGCAAUGAUUUCUUCUAUUUCGAUGAUUCUUUUCGUUGCUCCAGAGACUGCCACUCCUUUUUUCGUCAGCCUUUUCCGUGAUCAGCUUGUUAAUCUAAAAUUGACAAAUGUCUCAGAUAUGGAAUAUGAAAUCUGGAAGACGCCUAAUGGAGUUCUUUGGGAUAACGUUUUAGAAAAGAAAUCAAACAAAAUCGACAAGAAUACGAAGGAUUACGAAACUAAGCGUUGGGAAGCCGAAGUUCGAGCUAAGCAGGCUGAGAGGAAACCUAUGAAGCUGAAUAAAGAUCAGCAAGCAUUGGUGGAUUCUCAACUUGAAAAGGAAUCUAGAAUCAGGCAGUCUGUGAAUAACCUUGUUGCAUCUCUUGAACGUGGUCUUGAGAUUAUUCAGAGCAUGGGAAUGGCUGUUCAGUUGUUUCCUGGAUUAUGGAUUGAGGAAGCUGUUGAUGUGCUGAUCUUUGGUAAAAUUUUGCAAUCGAGUACACCAUUUACUGGAAAUUUGGCUUUAGAAGUCUUCAAGUUGGUUGUAACUGCCUCUGGUCUUCCAUCUCGCUUGGGAGAAUCUGCAUAUUCUGAUUCAUUAGCUUUAACCCUUCUUAAUUCUCUAAACACUAGUUCUAAUGUAAACGAAGAUGUCGUUGAUUCUUUCCUUUAUAAGGUACGUUUUGCUACCGAACAAGCAUAUUUUGAGCCUGAAACGUUCUCUUGCAUUUUCCCGUUAAUCAAUAAGCUUUGCUAUGAAAACGCAACUAAGGAUGACGAAAAAUCAACUGAGCGUUUGUUGUUAGCAAUUGAGAUGUUGGGAUUUCAAGCACCUUAUUCUUCCUCCUUGAGGGGAAUGAGGGCAAUUUUUUUGAGAGCACUUUUACAUUUGCUUGAAACUGUUCCCGCUCAUUAUCAGGACGUAAAGAACUCAUUGCUUUCUCUUGUACAAGGUAUAAAUACGUCUUACACUGAUAGCGAAUUAAAUACUCUUUUGGAACAUACUUGUCACAACGAAAGUUCUGUACGAUCUGCCGUUUUGCAGUCUUUGCAAGUUUUGGACUUAACGCAAUUUAGCUUCAUUAAGGAAAUUUUCUUGGAGCUUUACGACGAAAACGAAUCUAAUGCUGCCGCUGCUCACCAGAUUUCGACGCAGAAUGGAUUGGAUGCGAAUGAAGACUCUUAUUCCGAACUUUUACCUUUGCUUAAUGUUAAAUCCAACUACCUUCACACUCUUGUAGGAAAAUCAUUCGUUGACUUGAUUGAUGAGUUUGAAGAUUUCUCAAGCGUUCUACCAAAAAAAUUGAUGGAAAUGUAUAACAAGAACGCUUUACCUUCACCUCCCGAAUAUGAUGAGUACGGUAUAAUAAAGAAAGAAACUAUCGGCCGGGAUUUAGGUAUUGUUACCAGAGAAGGUGUCAGUAUAGUAUUCGUGCAUAUUUCGCAGUAUGUUUCUUCGAAUUUAUUAGUACCAUGUUUGGAAUUUUUGCUAUCCUCCGUUCAGUCAGAUGCUCAGAUCCCCGUUACUGAUAGUUCAUUUAUCGUAGCUUCCAACAUGUUGGAAGCUGGUAAACAAUCUAUCAUUGCUUUUGGUUCCUAUCAAGUGGAGGCUCUGAUGGAGUUGUUCGAAACUAAACUCAACGUUGAUACUUUACCAACUGAGGCCAAUGAUAGAUUACGUGAGGCAACUGUGGUACUUUUUGGAACUGUUGCCCAACAUUUGCAAGAGAAUGAUCAGCGAUUAAUUGUGGUCCUGGAAAAUUUAAUUUCCGCCUUAUCCACACCUAGUGAAAGUGUGCAAUUAGCAGUCGCUUCAUGUAUAUCACCAUUGAUCAAAAAGUUACUUCCUAAAGCAAAGGAAUAUUAUGAUCAUUUAGCAAACAGCUUAAUGAAUGCUUCAUCUUUUGCAGAGAGAAAAGGAACAGCUUACGGUCUAGCUGGUUUGAUUAAGGGUUUGGGUAUAAAAGCUUUUAAGGAUUUCGAUAUUAUGGACCAAUUACGCGAAUCAAUGACGAACAGACAAAAUCCAGCAAUUAGACAAGGUGCUCUGUUUUGUGUGGAAGCUUUUUCGCGUACGUUAGGUAUCUAUUUCGAGCCAUACUUGCCCGAUUUACUCCCUUUAUUGCUUUCUUCGUUUGGUGACAGUGCAAAUGAAGUUAGAGAAGCUACUUUGGAAGCCGUAAAACAUAUAAUGAGUCAACUUAGCGCCUAUGGAGUUAAGCUAUUGCUUCCUAGCUUAUUGGAAGGUUUGAAUGAUUACAACUGGCGCUCUAAGCGUGCUUCUGUUGAGAUUCUUGGCUUGAUGUCCUACAUGGCACCCAAACAGCUUUCGGUGUCUUUACCUACUAUUGUUCCUAAGUUGACAGAGGUUUUGACUGAUUCACAUUCUCAGGUUCGCAAUACAGCGAAUAACAGUUUGUUGCGUUUUGGUGAAGUCAUAUCAAAUCCUGAAAUCCAAAACCUUGUACCUGUUCUUCUCAAUGCUUUGAGUGAUUGCACACGUUAUACUGAUGAUGCAUUAUCUGCCAUUCUUAAGACUGCUUUCGUUCAUUAUUUGGAUUCUCCUUCAUUGGCUUUGGUCAUACCCAUUAUUCAGUAUGGUAUGAGGGAACGCAAUGCAUCUACUAAACGGCAGUCUGCUAAGAUCUUUGGAUUGAUGGCAAGCUUAACUGAGCCUGAAAAUCUUGCAAUUUAUUUAGACCCCUUAAUGCCCAGACUACGGGAAGUGCUUAUUGACCCUGUUCCUGAUACUCGUGCAACUGCAGCUAAGGCUUUAGGUUCAUUGAUGGAGAAAUUGGGUGAAACUAAGUUCCCAACCCUUAUUCCUGAAUUGUUCAAUGUCCUUCGAAGUGAAUGUAGUGAAGUUGAUAGACAAGGUGCUGCUCAAGGUUUGUCUGAGGUUCUCUCUGGUUUGGGCUUGACACGCCUUGAAGAUGUUUUGCCCGAAAUCUUACAAAAUACUUCAAGUCCUACUGCCUAUAUCAGAGAAAGCUUUAUUUCUCUUCUUAUCUAUUUGCCAGCUACGUUUGGAGCUCGUUUCCAACCAUACCUUGCUCGUGCAAUUCCACCUAUUCUUUCUGGCUUAGCUGAUGAAUCUGAACUUGUUCAGACCGCUUCAUUACGAGCUGCUAAGAUGAUUGUUAAUAAUUAUGCCACCCGUGCUGUCGAUUUGCUUCUUCCUGAACUUGAGAAAGGCUUAUUUGAUGAUAAUUGGCGCAUCAGAUUGUCUUCAGUACAACUUGUUGGGGACCUCAUCUAUAAACUUGCUGGUAUUAACAAGAAGACCUUGCAAGAAGAAACUGACGAAAGCGAAGAAGGAGCUCGCACUGAUGUUAACCGUAAAGCCUUGUUGGAGACUAUUGGUUCUGAGCGCCAUGACCGUGUGUUGUCCUCACUUUAUAUUCUCCGUCAAGAUAUUGCUGCUGCGGUUAGGACUCAUGCUCAACAGAUUUGGAAGAAUAUUGUUGUAAAUACUCCCCGAACUGUUAGAGACAUCAUAUCUACGUUGACAACUCUUAUUAUCGGCAACUUGAACAGCACUGGAAAUGAUCGACGUGCUAUGUGUGUCAAGAGCUUAGGUGAUUUAUCUAAGAAGGCUGGAUUUGAUGUUUUGUCUCAACUUCUUCCUUCACUGAAGGACGGCUUAGAGUCUUCUGACAGACAAAAUAGAAUUGGUGUUUGCAUUGCCUUACAAGAAUUGAUCUCCAGUACUUCUCAGGAUCAGCUUGUAAUUUACAGUGGCCAAUUCGUUUAUUCUGUACGUGAAGCACUCAUGGACUCAGAUUUGGAAGUAAGAGAAGCUGCAGCUGAAGCGUUUGAUACUCUUCAAACAGUAGUAGGUGAUCGGGCGGUAGAUGAAGUUCUGCCUGAAUUGCUUAAACUGCUUGAAUCAGAUGAUAAAUCCGAAUAUGCUUUGUCCGCACUGAAAGAAAUUAUUGCUCGUCGGUCCACUUCGAUUUUCCCUGUCCUUAUUCCCACUCUCAUUAAGCAACCUAUCACUGCAUUCAAUGCUCGGGCUUUAGCUUCCCUUGCGCAAGCAGCAGGUUCUACAUUAAACAGAAGAUUGCCGUCGAUUCUUAAUGCUCUUAUGGAAUCAAUACUCGUUGCAAAGGAUGAUACUUUGCAAAGCUUAGAAGAAUCAGUUGACACCAUCAUAUUAUCUAUUAAAGAUCAAGAAGGACUCACAGUGCUUAUGGCUCAUCUUUACUCGUUUACUGAGAAUGAAGAUUACAAGAAACGUUUGUUUGCCGCCAAGCACAUGCUUACAUUCUUUCAAAACUCAAAACUUGACUAUUUCCGUUUUGUACCUGAUUGGAUUAGUCACCUUGUUAGAUUGUUUGAAGACAGGAGCAGCGAGGUUAUUGCAGCUGCUGUUGCUGCUCAGAACGCUCUAACAUCUUCAAUGCGUAAAGACAGGAUUGAAUCAGUGAUUAGUAUUACAUACAAAUCGCUACACGAUGUUGGUGUACAUGAUACCACAUUGCCUGCGUUUGAACUUCCUCAAGGUAUUAGCUCAGUUUUGCCAAUCUUCCUACACGGUUUGAUGCAUGGUACAAAUGAGCAGCGUGAACAAUCUGCUCUAGGUGUUGCAGAUAUAGUAACACGUACUGAGUCCAAUAAACUUCGCCCUUAUGUCACACAGAUUACUGGUCCGUUGAUUCGUAUCAUUGGUGAAAGAUUCCCAGUUGAAGUCAAGAGUGCGAUUUUGUAUACUCUCAAUAUUAUCCUCUCUAAAAUUCCUACAUUUUUACGUCCCUUUUUGCCUCAAUUACAACGUACGUUUGCUAAGUGUUUGGGUGAUCCUUCGAGUGAAGUUAUUCGCAGUAGGGCAGCUACAGCGUUGGGUACUCUUAUUACCUUGCAAACUCGUCUCGCUCCUAUUGUUACAGAAUUGGUAUCAGGUGCUCGUACCCCUGAUGCUGGCGUACGCAAGGCUAUGUUGAAUGCAUUAUUUGCAGUGGUUUCCAAGUCUGGUCAAAACAUGAAUGAAGCUUCUGCUGAUUCUGUGGAUCAAUUGCUACGAGAACUCUCCUCUGAAACAAAUGAAUAUAUGAUCAUAUGUGCCAAAAUGUACGGGGCUUUGUUUAAUCAACUUACGGACACUCGUGCUAGACAACUGCUUGACACUAAGGUUUUCAGUGUUGAAGCUUUGGACGAGUACUCAAUAUUGGUACUCAAUGCAGUUAUCAAGUAUGGUUCGAAGAAGAUUAUUGACUUGGGCUUGAGCGAAAGUGUCUGUCAAGCCAUAUCGGAUGCAUGUCAGCAGACAGAAACCUAUAUUACGGAGAACGCCGUUUUGGCUGCCGGUAAAGCCCUUCUUGCAGAUAUUCCUCAAAACUUUAAUGAGUCUAAGACUUUAUUUGAAGCUUUGAGAGUUAGCAUUGAGGUGAGUCCAUCUGGUUCUCAAGAUGCGAAGCGUCUAUCUUUGGUAAUUAUUCGGAUCUUGUCUAAAGAAAAAUAUGAUAUUGUUAGACCUCAUCUCAAUGUCCUUGCCCCUGCUGUUUUCAGUUGUAUUCGUGCUAUUACUAUUCCUAUUAAACUUGCUUCAGAAGCCGCAUUCUUAGCAAUGUUUAAACUUGUUGAUGAUGACUCAAUUAUUAACAAGUAUAUGGAAACUUUGGAAGGAAAUCGUGCUAGAAGCUUUAGUGAUUACACUCGUCGUGUUGCAUUUAAAUUGGCAGCUGGUGAGCGCGAUCGUAUUGCCUCCGGAAGUGGCAGAGUUCAAUUGGAAGAGAGAGAGGAUUUGGCUGAAAUUACAGCUGUUGGCAGAGAUAAUGAGGUUGUCUCCAAUGAGUCAUGGUAA